AUGUCCAAUUAUCGCGAUACCAGCGGUCGAUAUGGCUCUGAAGAAGGUCCAGGACCAAACGGCCGGCGCAAAGGUCCGAUAAGUGGCCUUGUGAGAGCUGUAGCUGGCGGAAUUGGCCUUGCUUCCGAAAGCCUCCAUCACCACAAAGAGAAGAAGGAAGAGAAGAAGCGGGCAGCGGCGGCGGCAACUACAGCAGAGGCUGAAGGAGCUGGUGAGAGUUCUCGGGCUGCUGGAGGUGCCUCACAAUCCCCAGUAGUUGGUGGAGAGGAGGGCAAGAAAGAAGUACAAGAUGCUCAUCAGGAUGAUGAUGUUUCGUCGGAUAGUGAAGAUGAGCAUCAAGAAGCUUCCCCUGAGCUGGACGAAGCGGCAUGGCAGCUGGAUGAUGCGCAAAACGAGCUCGCGCCGCCUCCCGACUACGCGACAGCUACUCAGAAUGACCCCGACGACAUGGCGCGCCAAUUCAUCGCGAGUCAUCCCAUCCCGGAAAAGCGUCCCUCUGAACAGUCUCAAUUGCAGGUGCCGGUUAUCAUUCCACAGCGGCGACCCGGCGAACGAUCCCGCGGCUUUAUCCACGCGUACUCACCACUGCUUGAAAACGUUGGAAUCGACCAGCCCACUUUCAUGGACUUCAUCAAGCAAUUGAACCUAGCCACCAUGCCCUCACCCUGGAUCAACGCCAUCAACGUCGCCAGUCUGGCGGUACAGCACGUCCCCGAGCCCGUAACAAUUGCCGUCGCCAUCGCCACACACAUCGGAACACAAGUCGCCCUCCAAGCCCACAGCCGCUCCAAAACAAACACAUUCCUCAACAAGAUCAAUGCUGAAUUCUUCCGUCCCCUAGGCCUCAUUGCCGUCAUCUUGACCUGGAAACCCAGCCGACCAGGCGAGGUCGUAACGCAGGCCAGAUUCGACGCCGCCAUCGAACAAGCCGCAGAUAGUGUGUCCACGCCCAACCAAGGCAUGAGCCAAGUCAGCAAUAAGAUGAAAUCUUCGAACGCGACCACAGAUUUCGAGUGGCCCGAAUCGGCGCCCUUGGUGUUCCCGGACCUGGACAAGUUGGCCGGCACGUCGGAGGGAAGAGAUGCAGUUGAGCAGGCUGCCAAAAAACCGAACAGCAUGAAGAGGGGCAUGAUUUUUGCGAUGGAGUACAUGGAUAAGAGAGGCCAGGCACAGUGGGCGAGUGAUCAUCCCAGCAGUGGUCUAGCGAAACUUGGUGUGAAGCCAGAGUUUCACUCGCGGUACUCCGAUCCGAAUCACCCUGCGAGUAGCGGCAGCUUGAUCGCACUUAUUACUGGUGGUGCGAUAGGCGGUCGACCUAGUGAGUGGAAGAUGGCGAAGCGGCAGAGAAAAGCAGCGAGGAGGCAGCGAAGGACGGAUAGGAGAAACAUGAGAGGGCCGACUAUCCUGGGGACCAUUGGGCCAGGGGCGUUGAUUCGGGGGGUUAAGAAGUUUAUGCAUGAGGAUGUUUUAUACCUGAUGAUUGCGAAUAUGCCAUCGAACGAGCAACUGGCCGCGGCGCAGACGUUCUUGAAUAACCAGCCGCCGAUGGUAGAGUAG